AUGAGCAUAGACGAGGCAUCCUUUUGGGUCAUCACCGAUAACGUAGAAGAAGUUUGUGGACUGAUGAAAGAAAUGACGGAAUUCUACAAUUCAAACCAUUUUGAUAUUACACUGGACGAUUUGAACAAGCUCACCUACUGUGCCUUUUAUGAUGAGGAUUGUUUUUACAGAGCACUGUUUUUAAAGCUUAUAGAGGAGGACAUAACUUUGGCGGAGGUAUUCCUAGUGGACACGGGUGAGGUGCGAUCCGCGCCCGUUACUUGCGUGCAACCGUUAGAGCCCCGGUUCUGUAUGCGCCCACCGUAUGCGCGCUGCUGCCAUCUAGCGGGGGGUCUUUCGAAUGCUAGUUCGCGUAUUCUGUUGAAGUUGCUUGCUGCUGCUUACACAUUAUUCUGCAAUACUAAGGCAAGUUCACAAAACCACCAGAACAAGAGUUUGAUGGCGAAACAGGAGCUUUUUAUGAAGGAAUACGUCGGCAUACCCUGCACCAUUGAGGUAGAUGACAACACUUCAGAAUCCCUGGGCGUCUACGUUAUACUGCCAUCGAAGCAGAUAUUGAAUGACAUUCUCGUACAAGAAGGAUUGGCGCUAGCAAGUAAGUCAAUCGUGUUACUAGAGUAA